CGGAGCGUCAUUUCCAGGCGACCGCGGACUCUUGCUUCGCGCCAAGCAGUUGAAGCUUUUUCUUACUUUUUUUGAUAACAGACCAACACAGCGAGAAAGCGCGUUCAUAAUGGACAUCAGGCGGUUCUUUGCACCGACGUCGGCUAAGCCUGCGGUGCAGAAACCUGCCCCGAACGGAAAUGACAAACAGGAGAAGAAGAAGAAGAAUUCCUCGUCAACGGACGAGGAGGUGAAAAAGAAGAAGAAAGAGCCCAACAAGGUCAAAAGCAAAAAAACUGAGGAGCAACGCAAGGAUGGGGAGAAAAAACGAAAGAAGCACGCAGUCAUAGCCUCGGACUCAGAUGAGGAGGAGCCAGUGAGGAAGUCAAAAUCCCCCAAAGAGAAAGCGAAGACAAACAAAAAAGAUCCCGUGCAGUACGUCUCUGAAACAGACUCAGACAGCGACAACUUCCAGUCCUUGAAGAAAACUUCCAAAUCCAAACAGAACGGCACCGCAAAAACGACAAAAGCGGAAGCCAAACAGUCGGGGAAGUCUCCCGUCAAGCCAUCCUCCACCCAGGGAAAAACCACACCAAAAUCUCCUCCUGUACCUUCCACCCCAAAGUCAGCUCCACCCCCUCAGCCCAAACAAACCCCCACAUCAGUACUCGAUUACUUUGGCAGCGCGAGUGUUCAGCGCUCGGACAAGAAGCUGGUAGCCAGCACCAAACGAAAGGCUCCGACUCUCACAGACGACCUGAUAAGCGAUGAGGAAAUCGCCAGGCAGCUGCAGAUGGAAGAGGACAUGGAGCUGGAGAAACAGGUCCACGAGGAUGAGGAGUUUGCCAGAACGCUGGCCAUGCUGGAUGAAGAGCCAAAAGCGAAGAAGGCUCGCAAAGGCUCUGAUGAAAAACAAGUCUUGACCACGAGCCCCAAAAAGAAAGCCACAGACGCUGCCGCCCCUGGGAGCAGCUCGAAGACCAGCGUGUCUGAAGAUGUGGUUAGUCCGUCUCCCAAAAAGACCACAGCUCCUGUAAAAGCCAGCUCCAAACUGGCCAUGAUGAAGAAAAAGGAUGAUGACAAGAAGGAAGGGGUAAAGAGCAAAACCCCUACUAAGAUGAAAAUUUCUCCCAAAAAGGAGCCCCACGCUUCAUCUAUCUCAGAGAAGACGUUCACCCCCAAAACUGGAACCACGCCCACCGCACUUAAGACUUCUCCCAAGAAACCGGAGAGCACGAGCACAAGCCCUGACGACCAAGAGAAGAAGAAGGCCAACUCUUCAGCUUACAGGAACUUCCUGAACAGAGAUGGACCACGAGCUCUGGGCUCAAAGGAAAUCCCGAAGGGAGCAGAAAACUGUUUGGAGGGCUGCGUGUUUGUCCUGACCGGCGUCCUCGAGUCCAUGGAGAGAGAAGACGCCAAAUCUCUCAUCGAGCGCUACGGAGGCAAGGUGACGGGCAACGUCAGCAAGAAGACCACCUACCUGAUUCAGGGCCGAGACAGCGGUGCAUCGAAGCUGGAGAAGGAAAUGAUCGGCCUUAUUAAAAAUUCAAAGAUCCCCAUCAUCUGCAUGUGCAACGAUCGGAACCACCAGAAGAUUAGAUCUUUGGCCAACUACUGCUUCGAUCUCCGCUUCCAGAGACCGCGAGUGGAACAAAUCAAGGGAGCCAUGAUGUCCAUUGCUUUCAAGGAGGGAAUCAGGAUCCCGCCCCCAGCUCUUAACGAAAUCAUUUUAGCCUCCAAUCAGGAUGUCCGACAGGUGAUCCACAAUCUCAGCAUGUGGUCAGCCAAGGACAAGGUGAUGACGUACGACCAGUGCAACCCAGCUCCUGCAGGACGACACACAGACGCAGUGAACGCGAGGCUGGCCAGUGUGUUACCAGGCGAGCUCAUGAGAGGCUACAUGAAUCAAUUCCCGAUCUUCCCCAGCUGGCUCGGCAAGAACUCCUCGACCAAUAAACACUCACGCAUCGUGCAGGAGCUGUCCUCGCACAUGGGUUUAAAGACACUGAGCAGCAAACAGGCGGUCAACCUGGAUUACCUGCACUACCUGCGACAGGCGAUUCUAAAUCCACUCCAGAAGCACGGAGCAGAGGGCGCUGCCGAAGCCGUGCAGCUGCUGGACGACUAUCAGCUCAUCAAGGAGGACGUGGACAGCAUCAUGGAGAUCAGCGUCUGGGGAGGACAGCCCGACCCCUACUCCAAACUGGACUCCAAGGUAAAGGCCGCCUUUACACGGACAUACAAUAAAGAGGUCCACCUAACACCAUACUCCCUGCAAGUGGUGAAGAAAGGCCGCCGUGGUGGGGGAGGAGACUUUGAGGGAGGGGAGGAAAUAAGCCAGGAAGAUCCGGAGUCUGAAGACGAAGGAGAGGGGCUCAAAGCAGACGCUAUGAUUAAGCAGAAGAAGGCCAAACCCACCAAGGAGUCAAACAAGGAGAAG